AUGUUCAAAGCUCACGAAGACAAAGAAAUAUAUGAUUAUGAUGACGAAAUCUCGGAUGUUAAGAUGAAUUUCUCAAAUGAAGAGAAGCUGUACAAGUGGAAAGCUUUUCCAUUUAAUGCGUGGAUUCUCUCAACAGGGAAAAACGUCUCUCAAGUUUUGGAGAACUUUAGAUCAACAAUUCCAAAAUCAAAAGCCUACCUAUAUCCCGCAUUUUUUGGAACACUUGAUUUAUCUGGGAAGAAAGAUAAGCCGGAAGAGAUUAAUAACAGCGGUGGAGGAAAUAUUAUUACCACUAGUAAUGAAGAAAAACGGCAAUCUCAAGAAGAAAUGUUAUACGACUUAUUUGAUAAAAUCCAAGAGAAGCCAGAUGAUCUAAUCAAGGCAAUAGAAAAAUGUACAAUUGAGUUUGUAUAUGAUGAAGGAGAGAUACAAAGUAUUGCAUCUGCAUUCGUUAUCGAUUCAAUGAAGAAACCAACAGACAGGUCUCUGAUAGGACAAAAAUGCGAUUUUAGGAUUACAUGUGACGGAUUUGAAAUGGAUAUUGAAUUGCGAUCUGGAAGACUUAGUGUACAGAUUUCAAGCAAUUAUAUACAACUGGGAUCCACUCUUAUGGUAAGAUUUCCAGGAAAAGCACAUUAUCAAUUGUUUACUAUGGAUUGGAAAUCAAGAGGUUUGUGGAGGCUAGGCUUACUUAAAAAAACAAAUUUACCUCAAUCCAAUUCACAACUACUCAUAAUCGAGAAAUUAGUUGUGACAUUGUUACGACUUGAGUUAACACUCAAUCAUAUUGAAAGCAUUCGGAAUGACUUAGCGGUAAAAGCAUCAAGAUUACAUAGAAAAAGGCACACCUCUAUCAUCAAUAAACAAUAA